AUGAAAAUCCCCAAUUGGAUUGACGCCCAGGCUGCAGUUGAAUGCAUUACCGUGAAUUGCUAUGCUAUGAUGGUAGAUGAAAAAACAAAGGGUUGUUUCAGGUUGCAUAAGCUAGAUAAUGGGCGGGAGGAGACACCAGUGACAACUAAAAACAUCGCUGUUGCGUCCUCAUAUGGCGCAAUUUCUAGCAUCCUGUUGGCCAUGGUGUCACAAGCCUUGGUUACUCAUAAAGAUGAGAAGGGAGCAUUUUCAUUUCAGAUUGGAGCACAGCCCAAAUGGAAUGCCCGAGGACUAGAUCGUAAUGCGAUAUCUAAGAUGUUCGACGAGCACAAGCACAAAAGUUUGCUGUCUUUCUAUUUGGGAAAUCAAGGAACAAAGGAACGAGAGGACCACGAAUUCACUCGGGUGCCAUAUGCAACCAAAGGAAAAUUUGAAGAGAAAGAGGCCCUGGUAAUGCCAUGGGGUGACAAGUUAGCCUCUCAAGGAUGGAAGGAGUGCAAUGCUGAGUCCUAUGCAUUAAUGGCCAAACUUAAUACUGCCGAACUUGACAAAGCUGGGGUUGCCAUGUCGUUGUCUGAAAUCCUCAAUGGAAUAUCAGAAAAAUAUAAAGGCCUCACCACCAAAGAAAGUAUCCAAACAUUUGUUGCCAAGCUGUUGGAACUUUCGCCAAUCGAUCAUUGGUCUACUGGAGCACUGAAUUGGGAGUGCAUUCAUGAUCUUGUUUUCAUAGCAAAGGUCCUUUGGGUUGGUUUGGAAUUGCCAUCUUUUGCAGCAAUUGGAGGCCGGCACCGGCUUUUCACGUUGUGUCAUCUUUUUCUUGGUUGGAAAGCCACCACCAAUGGCAGCACACACGAAUGCUUAGAAGCAAAACUUCCAAAUACUCUAAUUUGGUACCAAGCUCCAAUACAAAUUGUGGUGAGAGAUGAAGGCCUUUUGCGCAGUUUCCGUCUCCAACUACAGGACCAAACUAAGCAUACAAUCCCCAUAAAUCUUGGUAACUUUAUGAUGGAGACGACACCAAUUUGA